CGCCCGGGCGGCUCAUCAAUAACAAGUUUCCGAGCGCGAGGGGAGACACAGACGCAGAGACUGGGGGAGAGCGAGCUGCCAACCGACCGCGAGAGCGCGAGCGCCCAGCCCAGCCCGGCCAGCCCCAGAUUCACUGACAACUACACACACACACACACACACACACACAGGGAGAGACGAGGGGCUAGAGCCGCGGAGGAGCCUUCGCCGCAACCAUCACCGCCGCUGGACACACAUGUGGUGGUGCUGCUUGCUGCGUCCAGGAUGCGUGAUGUGCCCUGUGUAAGAUGGUGGGGUCGGAGAGCCUGGGAUUGAGCCGAGCUCCGCGAUCCGCCGCUGCCUGUCGACAUGGUGGAGUCCCACCCGCCAGGCUGGCCACCUCUUCACCCGGACCACCGCGCGGGCUUGCUGCUGGCGAUGCUGACCCUGUCCACGCUCCCCGUUCAACUCUCUGCUUACCCCACCUCCCUGAGCGACUGUCAGACACCCACCGGCUGGAACUGCUCGGGUUUUGAUGACCGAGAACACGACUUGUUUCUUUGCGACAUUAAUGCGUGUCAGUUUGGUGGGGAGUGUUUGCGGAUCGGUGAGACGAUAACCUGCGACUGCCAACUCAAGUGCAACACUGAUUAUGUACCAGUGUGCGGCUCCAAUGGCUAUACCUACCAGAAUGAGUGUUACCUGCGACAGGCUGCGUGCAAACAGCAAAGUGAAAUAAAGGUGCUGGGGGAAGGAUCCUGUCCCAACGAUAUGGGAUCAGGUUCUGGAGAUGGAGGAAAUGAAGGUUCUGGAGAAACCAUUCUGAAGAAAACCUCAUCAUGUGAUAUCUGCCAAUUUGGAGCAGAAUGCGAUGAAGAUGCAGAAGAUGUUUGGUGUGUGUGCAACAUUGACUGUUCCCGCAUCAGUUUCAACCCUGUAUGUGCUUCUGAUGGUAAAUCCUAUGAUAACCCUUGUCAGGUUAAAGAGGCAUCUUGCCAGAAUCAGGAAUUCAUAGAAGUCACUCAUUUGGGAAGAUGUCCAGACAACGCAACCACAGGUACGAAAACUGAAGAUGGGCUUUAUGCAAGAACUGAUUACACAGAAAAAAAUGCCAAUAAAUUAGAAAAACCUGCCCGGGGACUAUUUAUCCCAUGUCCCAAUCACUUGGAUAAUCUUUGUUUACAUGGAAAAUGUGAAUACUUGAUUAAUAAACAAGAACCAUCUUGCAGCUGUGAAACAGGUUUUAAAGGACCACGCUGUGAACAAAAAGAGUUUAAUGUUUUGUACGUAGUUCCUGGAGCUGGAAAACUUCAGUAUGUCUUAAUAGCAUCCAUCAUUGGAGCUGUGCAGGUGGCCAUCAUUUUGAUUGUUGUUCUUUGCAUAACAAGAAAAUGUCCCCGGGGCAACAGAAUUCAAAGACAGAAGCAAAAUGCAACACAUUACAGUUCCGACAACACAACAAGAGCAUCAACAAGAUUAAUUUAAAAAAAAGCAUGAUUGUACAGCUGCAAAAAUAAUUACACAGAGUUUGGACUAAUAUCAUACAAGAUGGAACAACACAUGUUGCCUUGCAUUUGUGGUAUACUACACCAAUGAAUACAUAUACUACAGUUAUAUUUGAUUAUGUCUGAAUAUAUUUCAAAUAGUAUAUAGUGUCUUGAUGUGUUUUUCUGUAAUAAAAAUAAAUGGUUAACGAUUUA